AAAAAACACAAAUCAACCGAAACUACAAUAACAUAAGCAAGCACAAGACAACACGACCAUGGCAGAUGAAACAGUUGUAGCAACGUAUGAUGGACGCAACAUGGAAGAGCUGAUUGGCUUUGUGGAGGAGGAAUUUCCUUGUCGUUGGCAGGGAGUCUCAGGCACGCUGUACGCUGGAACGGAUGGAUUGGCCUUUUUGGGAAAGUUCUUUUUGUUUGACAAGAAAAUGAACGUCAAAUGGAUCGAUGUUAAAAUUCAGCAAUCGGAUCAUGGUGUGACCAUACAGACUCGUGAUGUCAAGGAAGAAAUGGCCGUCAUAUACGACUUUACUGGAAUUCACAAACCAGAACGAUGUUGGUCCAUGUUGGUAUCCUUGCACAAUCGAGCCUUGUUGGAUCGGACGCGAACUCCUGCCAGUGGAGUUACUGCUUCCACCAUGGGACGUCUGGAAGGAGAAGGAGCCACGGACGAGGCUGCCGCUACUCGAGCCAGAUCCCAGACUGCCGCCCCCAUUCAUAGAAGAAUGCUACGGCGUCAGACUUCAGAUCCUGCUGCAUUGGCUCCUGCCAUUGAAGCCCUCUUUGCGGAGGAAGCCAAAGAAGAAGCAAUGGCAGGCGACAGCACCCAAACACCAGGCCAAAGCAAUGGCAGCAGUGUGCCGCUGUUGGAACGGCCCCUCAGCGCACGAAGGGUAUCCUCCAUUCUCAUGAGCCCAAGCAAGCAACAAACCAUUAGCGACAAUAGUGCCACCCCACCAUCAUCCACGCAAAAAGAAACAGAUAGGGCUGCUUCCCUCCGAGCCAGUGCCAGCAGUGCUGUAGGAGUGGUAGAAGUUAGUCCCACGUCGGAAAUUGAAGCCAUUGUGGGAAAGAUUCAAGGAAGGUUUUCCUGUCUCUACAAUGGCCAACCCGGCAAUCUGUAUGCGGGUAGCACUGCCCUCUACUUUGCUGGAUCCCGACUCUUCUUCGCGGCACGCCUUACCAUUCAAUCCCUUAAUAUCAGACAAGUCCAAAUGGUCAAGGGAAAACCAAAAUCAGACGUCAACGACGCGCCAGCUGCGGACAUGGUCAAGGAACAAGGCAUUGUCGUGUGGACGCGGGAAGGUAUCUCCCAUACGUUCUUGGGCAUGGAGAACCCCGACCAGGUCUGGGCGUCCUUGGUGGCAAUUCGGAAUCACGUCAGCAGUAAUGCGACUGCCACGCCGAGAUCUUUUGGGAUGGUAAGGCGAAUGAACUCUGAUCCGAAUCUCCAGUCCCACACGGGAGGGGAUCUCCUUUCGCCGACGGCCAUCAAGGUUGCGGCCGAAGCGGAAAAGUCAAGGGAGGAACAGGAAUUGGGAACACCUGUCAUGUCAGACGAAGAACUCCAGGAGGCAUGGUCGGAUGUCACUGCCAAGAAGAACCGAUACAACACUGGUGUCGUCAAGGAUCACAAAUUUGCAUGCAAUGUCGACCAGUUCUUCAAGAAAUACUUUGGAGAUGACGCCGAAUUUAGCCUGGCCAAGUUUUUGACUGGUCAAGGCGACAAGGAUGUCAAGGCGUCUCCGUGGAAACCCACCAAACAAAACGGUAAGAUUGUCCGUAGUCGCGUAGUUCGGUACAUUCAUCCCAUCAGUGCUCCCAUGGCUCCACCCGAAGCCAAGGCUCGCAAGGAACAGACCUACCAACGCUUUGGCAACCAUGGAUUCAUUGUGGAGACCAAAACAUUUGUCGACGAUGUUCCCAUGACGGAUUGCUUUUUUGUCAAGGACCGCAUUCUUGUAGCGUCUUUGGGGGAAGAGAACAAGGGACAUGUCUUGCUGAGCUGGGAGUUUGAAUUGGAGUUUGUGAAGGGCACGAUGUUCAGAGGGAUAAUUACCUCAACGACAAAUAGGGAAUUGACUGCCUUUGGAAAAGAAAUGAAAAAGUACAUGGUGAAGAACAGGGGAGAGGAAGUUUCUGCUCCAGAGGAGGAGAAGGAAGUGGAAAAGGAGAUUGUGAUAGCAGAAGAACCACCGAGUCUAUUACCGGGAGGAGUCAAUACUGCCACCAUUACGCAUGGCCUUUUGGGUUUGGUGGUUGUGAUGCAAUUUUGGAUUCUUUUGGAGAUGUGGUCGAUGAAACGAGCUAUUGGACGGAUCGAGUAUUCGAACAGCCGACCUGCCUAAUAUCCCAAUCAAUAGGUGACGCAUAGCCAGCUAUAGACUACACUAAGUCUUAUGUACCGUAAACCUUUCGUUUUGUUGUUGCUU